UUUCUUUUCAAAUUGAAUCAAAUCUCAAGAAAGGGCAGACUUUUUCUUCCAUUUUCUUCUCUUCUUUUCGUUCUUUCUCUACAGCCAAACGGAGAAAGUGGAGAGCAACCCGUAUUAACAAAUGGAUGCCCUAGACUCCGUCGUCGAUCCCUUGAGAGACUUCGCCAAGGACAGCGCUCGCCUCGUCAAGAGGUGCCACAAGCCCGACCGCAAGGAAUUCACGAAGGUCGCAUUACGCACUGCUAUCGGUUUCGUAGUGAUGGGAUUCGUUGGGUUUUUCGUGAAGCUGAUUUUCAUUCCUAUUAACAACAUCAUCGUCGGGUCUGGCUAGGCCUGUGGGAGGUUCAAGUCUGGAAGAGGAUGGAGGCUGCCUGGUUGAGUUUAACUUGUGCCUAGAGGGGAUACUUAGCUCCGAUCUUCCUAGCAUAAUGUACUUUUUAAUUUUAAUGAAAACAUAAGUUAGACUUCAAGGUGUUUUGGCAGGCCCUGUUACUCUUUUAUAAUCAUUCACCUCACACUUACAAUAUUCUCAGGCUCUUAGUCAUGCUUUUCCUGUGCAUGUGAGAAAUUUUAAGCUCCAAACUCAACUUGAGCUUGCAUCAUGUGGUUGGAAUGGGAGUAGGACAUGAAUGAAAUGAAAAUUGUGUUUGAAUUCA